AUGUACAGGGAUAUGUAUAGCUGGAGCAAACUGUGACUUUCCGGCAUCAACAUCUUCAACAGUCAUAUGCAAAGGCAUGCGCCGUAAAUAUUUCAAGAUUGAUGUAUCACAGAGCGCAGAUUAUUAUUAUUCUGGUGGUUCUGAGAUUGGGAACAUUUGUAACAUGUCAAAAUGUAGAAAAUACAAGCAGUGGAAUUAUGGAUUGUCCUCCAACAUGUAUUUGUCUAUCAUCAAAACAGGUAUUAUGUAACACUGGUGGUCUUUAUGAAAUUCCAACAUACUUAAACCAUGGUGUUGAAGAUUUAUCAUUAUCGAAAAAUAAUUUUUUAAUAAUUGAAUCAGAUGCAUUUUCAUCAUUACGUUCAUUAAAAAAAUUGAGUCUUGACGGUAAUAAUAUAACGUCAAUAAAACCAUUUGGUUUUCGUGGUUUAUCAAGACUAACAGAUUUAUCAAUUCAACAUACACCAUUAAAUUACAUUGGUAGUUAUUCAUUUGCAACAUUACAAAAUAUAACACUACUUAUGUUAUCACAUAAUCGUAUAAAAUACAUUGAAGAAAAUUCAUUUGCUGGUUCAACGAAUAUAAAAUUAAUAUAUUUAUCAAAUAAUCCAUUGAUAACAAUUCAAAGUCGUGCAUUUGCUGGAUUGACAUAUGUUGAAGGUUUGAUAUUACCAUCUGGUAUUAAAUCAAUUGAGCCAGAUUCAUUUAAUGGUCUUCAAUAUGUACAUGUUAUUAAAUUAUCAUUUAUGGAUUUAAAUUAUUUACAAUCAUUUACAUUUCGUGGUUUGUCAAAUGUACAAUCACUCAAUAUACAAGAAAGUGAUCUUGGUAUUAUUAAAAAAAAUGCAUUCAAUGGUUUAUUUCAUAUUGAUAAUUUAAAUAUAUUUAAUAAUAAAAUUGAUGCUAUUGAAGAAUUCAAAAUAAUCAAUGAAAGUUCAGUUAGUACAUUACGUUUUCAUGGUAAUCAUGUAUUGAGAACAUCAAAAUUGAAAGAUACAAUUUUAAAUGUACGUACAGUAUCAACAAUGCAAAAUUAUUUUCCAUGUGAUUGUCAAUUAUAUGAUAUUAUUGAUAGUGAUUUUGUUAAUGGUUCUAAGAAACAAUUUCGUGAAAAUAAUUACUGUAUAUCACCACUUGAUUAUAAUGGUAUACACAUGAUAUCAAUUGAUUUUGAUACAAUUGCUAAAUGUCAUGAUCAUGUCAUCCAAGAUAAUCUUGGAUCAUCUGCUGUAAAAAUAACACAUAAAUUAAUUUUUUUAAUAUUAUUAUUUUAUGUUUUUUAAUCAAUUUAUUUCAUUCAUUAUUUAUUGAUAUUUAUAUUUUCAAAUGGGGAGAGGAUAUGAAGACUCAUAUCAUUAAUAUUUAAUUUAAAAACGAAAUUAUUUAUACGAAAAAUUGGUGAUGUGUCUAUAUUUGUUUUUCAUGUAAAAUUUAUUGAUUUACGUCGUUUAUUUUUUUUAUGAAAAGAAUAUUUAUUUAUACAAAUUUUCUAGUUAACUAUUAUCAUAAAAAAUUUAUCAAUAUAAAUACAUAUCGAUAUGUUAAAAUAUUUUUAUCUUUUUGUUGAAAAAAAUUAGUUUUUUAAAAAAUACACAUAAAAAAGUGUGUCGAUUAUUUUCAAAAAAAGUAUUAUAACUAUUUGAAGUAAUUAAAUGAUAAUAAUAUAAUUUAUUAAUUCAAAUUUACACUUUAAAUAAAAGAAAAAUGUUUUUUUUUUUUGUAAACUCACCCUUGCUCCAUCAUGCCAAUUAAAGUGUUGAAUUUUUUGUAGAAAUUAAUUUUCGGAAAGUUAGUCAAUGAGGCUAGGACCAUUUUUACACAUUAAAAUUCAAUAAAAGUAAUUCAACUUGUGUCGAUAUUGGUAAAUAAAUUGAAAAAGAAAAAAGAUAGAUUAUUUUUUAUUUGUUUAAUUUUUUUUAUUUCAUGAAAAUGGCGAUAUCGAAUUAUUAAUUAACUAAUAAAUAAACAAACUGAUGAAAGUAAAGUAAUAAAAAUUUAUUAAUUAAAUAAAAUUAAUUAAUAGAAAUAAAUAAAAUAAAU